GCGGACGCCAAUCAUUACAGAAAUAUUUGCACGGGUAGUGGUACCCCUCCUAGAAGGGACAAGCUGUGGCGUCUUGCGGCUAAAGGGAAUCCAGAAGAAUAAUUCGUUUUAAACAUGUAUGGUUUUGUCAAUCACGCCUUGGAACUUCUGGUACUCAGAAAUUAUGGGCCUGAAGUCUGGGAAGACAUCAAGAAGGAGGCUCAGCUGGACGUGGAGGGCCAGUUCCUUGUCAGGAUCAUAUACGAGGAUGCUAAAACAUAUGACCUUGUUGCAGCCGCCAGUAAAGUGCUAAAAAUCGAUGCAGGUGACAUCCUGCAGAUGUUUGGGAAGAUGUUCUUUGAGUUCUGCCAGGAAUCUGGCUAUGAUACGAUCCUGCGGGUGCUCGGAUCCAAUGUUCGAGAGUUCCUGCAAAACCUGGAUGCUCUGCAUGACCACCUGGGCACCAUUUACCCCGGCAUGCGAGCGCCCUCCUUCAGGUGCACAGACGCAGAAAAGGGGAACAACCUCAUCCUGCACUACUACUCCGAGCGAGAGGGCCUGCAGGACAUCGUGAUUGGAAUCAUCAAAACCGUGGCACAGCAGAUCCAUGGCACCGAGAUAGAAAUGAAGGUCAUUCAGCCGAAGAGCGAAGAGUGUGAUCACAUCAAGUUUCUCAUCGAGGAGAAGGACUCGGAGGAGGAGGCUUUUUAUGAGGACCUGGACGGGUUCGAGGAGAAUGGGACCCAGGAGACCAGGAUCAGCCCUUACACCUUCUGCAAGGCCUUCCCCUUUCACCUCAUGUUCGACCGUGACCUGGUGCUCACGCAGUGCGGGAACGCCAUCUUCCGUGUACUGCCCCAGCUUCAGCCUGGGGCCUGCAGCCUGCCCUCAGUGUUCUCUCUGGUGCGCCCCCACAUCGAUUUUAGCUUCCAUGGAAUCCUCUCUCACAUCAACACUGUCUUUGUGCUUCGGAGCAAGGAGGGCCUUCUGAACGUGGAAACGCUGGAGAGCGAGGACGAACUGACGGGGGCUGAGAUCAGCUGUCUGAGGCUGAAGGGUCAGAUGAUCUACCUGCCCGAGGCUGAGAACGUCCUGUUUCUCUGCUCCCCCAGUGUGAUGAACCUGGACGACCUCACUCGGCGAGGGCUGUACCUGAGUGACAUCCCGCUGCACGACGCCACGCGGGACCUGGUGCUGCUGGGGGAGCAGUUUCGCGAGGAGUACAAGCUGACGCAGGAGCUGGAGAUCCUCACCGACCGGCUGCAGCACACGCUACGGGCCCUGGAGGACGAGAAGAAGAAGACAGACAGGUUGCUGUACUCAGUUCUUCCACCGUCCGUUGCUAAUGAGCUGCGGCACAAGCGUCCAGUCCCGGCCAAGCGCUACGACAACGUGACGAUCCUCUUCAGCGGAAUCGUUGGCUUCAACGCCUUUUGCAGCAAGCACGCCUCUGCCGAGGGUGCCAUAAAGAUCGUCAAUCUGCUCAACGACGUGUACACCAGGUUCGACAUCCUGACUGACACUCGCAGGAACCCAUAUGUUUACAAGGUGGAGACAGUUGGAGACAAGUACAUGACAGUCAGUGGCCUUCCGGAGCCCUGCACCCACCACGCCCAGUCUAUUGGCCAUCUGGCUCUAGACAUGAUGGAGAUCGCAGGCCAAGUGAAGGUGGACGAGGAGCCAGUACAGAUAACCAUUGGAAUCCACACUGGAGAGGUCGUGACAGGGGUCAUAGGUCAGAGGAUGCCUCGCUACUGCCUGUUUGGGAACACAGUCAACCUGACGAGUCGGACGGAAACCACAGGAGAGAAGGGAAAGAUUAAUGUGUCUGAGUACACAUACAGGUGUUUGCAGUCGGCUGAAAAUGCAGACCCACAGUUCCUCCUGGAAUACCGGGGGCCAGUGGCCAUGAAGGGCAGAAAGGAGCCGAUGAAAGUGUGGUUUCUGUCCAGGAAAAUGGCCGAAGGCACCAUGUGACCAGAAGUGUCUGAACUGUGAAUGUUCUUUUCAAGCGGGCCUCCGUUCAGGGGCUCUACAGCACUUAUUGGUAGCAUUUACUUGAUGGUAAAUAUGCAAGACAACACACAUCCUUUUAGUAAAUAUUUUAAAAUGACCCCUUUAAAGGGACUGCUUUCACUGUAUAUAUGUGUGCGUGUGUAUGCUAUAUGUAUGGUAUAUAUGCACACACACAUAUAUUUAUAUAUACUGUAAGUGGUUUUAUAUAAGAGCUGCCACUAAGAUAUUUAAUGGCUUGUGCUGUAUGUAUAAAUGAAUUAGCCACCUACAAUAUUAGAAAAAAACAACAUAUUUUAUGAGUAUGGCAGUGUAUUGACAGUGUCAAAUUUAAAUUUAUAUGUACUGUAUUUUGUUGUGUAUAAAUACAUAUUUAUUAACCACUACUUCUCACCUGAUGGACAGUCUAUUCACGCAUAGCACACCACGUCUGAAAAUAGAGGUUGUAUUAAUGUCAAACAUAAGUAAAGUACUAUGAUGAAAUAUAAUUAUAAAUUACAUUUUAUAAACCUAAAAACAUUAAAGAACGUACAUGCUAUUUA